GGAGAUGGUAUUAAUUCCCUUCCCGGAUCGGCAGCCUCCACCGCCACUCCGCCCAAAUCGAGCACCUCCACAGCCACUCUAUAUUUCCAGCCAAGCCGUCCGCCUUCCGCCGCCCCAAAAUCCAGCCAUCUUCUCCCCUCCUCCUCCGCCGCUGCGGCCGACCCCGAUCGACGGAGAUGCGGAAACACCACCGAGGUCUAGGAUCGGUGGCUGCCCCUGCCCUGCUCCUGCUCCUGCUACUCGCCCUCGUCCUGCCGUCUACUCAGACCCAGUCCCAGAAGCAGAGCGCGCGAGAGACGGCUGCCAUGGCGGCGGAACCCGCGCGGCGGCUGGCGGGAGGCAUCGUGGAGUCGCCGGGGCGAGAGAACGAUCUCCACAUCGUCGGCCUCGCCCGCUUCGCCGUCUCCGAGCACAGCUCCCCCCUUCCCUUGUUGAAUCUGCAUUCCCGUAAUACUCCGCUGGAGUUGGAGAAAGUGGUGAGGGUCAAGGAGCAAGCUGUUGCUGGCAGGCUCUACUACAUCACAAUCCAGGUCGAUGAAGGCGGGGCAAAGAAGCUGUAUGAAGCCAAGGUGCUGGAGCAGCUGUGGCUGGAUGUCAGGAAGCUCGUGGAGUUCAGGCCGGCAGAGGGCGCCUCUCCCAACGUUUAAGGUUAAAAAAAUGCAUCUAUUUCAUGCAUCAAAAGUAUUCAAGGCUGUCACUCGUUUCAAGACCUAGCGCCGCCGCGUCCCAUCCCCUGCCCUCCCAGUCUCGCCGCCACCCGAGGAGGCCGCCGGCGAACGCCGCGCACGCUCCGAGGAAGGUGGCGGCGGGGCGCCUCUGCUGCAUCUCGCGGCCGCUUCGCCAGAGGAGGGGCGGAGCCGUCGUGUUGGAUCUGGGGUCUAUCCUCCGGGGCGUGCGAAGGCGGCUGCCUCUUCGAUGCUGUGGUGGCUCGGGGGCGUCGGCUGCUGGUGCUGCUCCCGGGCGCUCAGUUGGCCGCGGUCGGCUGAGUCGCGUAUGGAUCUGGCUACCAGGGGCGGCGGCCGGCGGGUCCGGGGGGGCUUCCCCUUGCUGAGAUCUGGCAAGUGGGAUCAUCCAGAUCCUGGCAAGGACGGCGGCGACCCGUGCACGAGAGAUAGAGGUCUUCGAUCAGAUCUGGGUGAAAACCUGCUAUUGGCUACUGCCAAGGCUGACGAUGGCGACGCUGAAGGCAUCGCCGUGAAGAAGUUCAAGGCCACUCUCUGCUACCUCCAGGGGAAACCCUAGAUCAGUAGAUCGGAUGACGGCGGCUCUCUGGUGUCGUUUUCCCCCAUGGGGGCGUCAUUUUUGGAGGUGCACACGGGCUCGAGGGACUAGAGGACGGCGACUUUGGUGGAGCGGUGCUUCAUCUUUCACAUUGAUGGUGGCGGAUCUCGGCGACGUAGUGCUGUUGAGACUCGGCGUUUGAUGCGCGGAGAUGGACUCGUGCAGGAGGAGGUUGCUGUCUGGCGUCAUGGUGACGUCGAUGGCUGAGUGGGCAGACAAAGUAGAAGCCUCAAUAUGACCUGAAGACAGACAUGUGGAAGAUGGCGGCGACGACACACGAGUGUGUCUGACCGGAUUGUGUUCCAGACCCGGUAUGUGGCUCGGCUGGGGCUUCCGAAUAUGUUUCGGCGUCUGGCUUUUGAUUGUUAGGCUUAGGUGAGUGGUUUGGGUAGUGGCCCAGCUAGCACCCCUUCAUCAUUUUGGAUAGGAGUAGCGGCAUGUGUUGCUAAGAUGAUGGAUUCAGGCACAUUGUUGUAAUACUUUGUAAGGUCCUCGAGAAUAAUCAAUAAAGUGGCCGUAUGCAUCUCCCAGAUGCAGAGGCCGGGGGUCAUCCUCAUUUUCUAAAAAAAAACUCGUUUCAAGACCUAUGAACUUCGAACUAUGAAAAUUUCUGUUGAUUAACUUUGCAAAGCAAUACUGGGAUUAAGGUGAAAUUUCUUCAAACUAUACAAAGUAUUCUCUUCUAUAAUGACAACUUUCUUGAUUAAUCACAAGGACUAUGAACUUCGAAGAAAGCUUUUGAUGUUGCCAUAUGAAAAUUUAUCAUGGGACCCUGCUUAUUAAUUACAGAAGAGAAAAUUUUCAUCAUGCAAGCAUUACUAGAAUAAAGAUUAAGACACAUGAUUCAUAGAGCCUUGUUCGCCAAUUUAUGCUGAGAAUUGAUUAAU